GCGCUUAAAAACGAGCUGCUUGCAGUUGCAAACUUAGUGCAGUGCCAGAUUCAAAUACUGCAAAAUCGGCGACAUUAUGUUUGCAAAUCUGUAUUGCUUGCUGCUCCUCGUUGUCUUUGCCAACGCGGCGUCGUCGGAAAAGAUAACUGGUCGUAUUGAAGGAGGCACCUUUAUUUUGACGCCUCUUGUUGGAGACAAAUUCUUAUUAAGAACCAUCCGGGAUGGCACUGUGAAAGGAGAGAUCGUGACACAGACCAAUCCUGAAGAGUUUCGAGUGAAAUGCUCCACCGUCAAGUCAAUUCCGUACGGAAGUUUAAAAAUAACCUAUGAUCAAUCUCUCAAGGAAUAUAGUGCAAGCAUUAAUUGUGAAAACGCAGAGAGUCCAUCUGGGCGGGGUGGUAAUCUAAGCUCAGGAUGUUUAAAAUGUGCUACAGGUUAAAGUAAACGACUAGCUUACUGGCUUACCGCAAAUUGCGCCCAAUUUAAAAGUAAAAAUGUUUUAAUAAUAUUUUCAAUUUUCCAGUUAAUAAAGAACGCUCGCUUGUGCUUGAAAAUUUCUGCUAAAA